CCGGUUGACGCCGCCCGGCCGCCAUGUUGGAUGCGGGCAGGACGGCGGCCUCAAGGGCCCGCACCGAGCGGGACUGGAGCUGCACAUCCCCUCCCGCCGUUCCCGCCCGCGCCAAGGCUGACGGUCCGGCCGCCCCCCGCCGAUCGUUCCGCCCUCCACGCCGGGCCCCUCCUGGCCGCCAGCUUGGCCCAGCCCCCGGGAUUAGUGAGGGCGCGGCCUAAGCCUCUUUGCUGCCGCCGCCGCCCCCGGGAUGGCCCGGCAUGGACGCCGGCGGCGCUGAGCGGAGCGGCGAAGAGCUCUGCCUACAGGUGGGCGACGCGGGCCUGGGCGGCCUCAUCCUGCUGCUGCUGACGGCGCGGCCGGGACCGGGCAAUGGGGCUGCCCGCGGAGAGCCCCCCGAGCCCGGCGGGUCGCGGGGGCCCCUGGCRCGCUCCCUGCAGCGGGCAGAGGCCAUGCUACGCAGCUGUGUCACACCGGGGCUGCGGCGCCUGCUGUCCCCGCGGUCAGACCGGCGCGGUGACGGCGAYGAUGACGAUGAGGAGGACGAGGAUGAAGCAGCGUCCAUCGUGGUCCCGCUGGAGCAAAGCUUCCUGGGGCUGCGCCGCUGCCUCUGUGUCUGGGAGGACCCUCGCACCGAGACUUUCCAGGGACACGUGCGACCCCAUCCCGGUGGCGCCGGUGACUUCUCCGAGGACGCGGUGCGACAGCGUGUGGGAGAGCGCGGCGCGUCCCUGCACGGCCUGCUGCAGCACCGCCACCAGCUCCGCCUGGCCCGUGACUUCACCCGACGCCUCAAGGCCUCCUCCGACUUUGUGCGGCAGCUGCUGGCGCUGCCGGGGCCCGGAGAGCCCGGAGACCCCACGCCGGCGCUGCGGGAGCUGUGCCUGGAGCUGCGGGCGCACGCGGGGCACUGGGCCGCGCUGCUGCGGCGGCUGCGGGCGGACGCGUGGCUGCGGGCGCUGCCGCGGCGCCGGGGCGAGGCCGUGCUGCACAUGCGGUGGGCGCUGCUGCUGCCCGCCCUGAUGGCCGCACGCCUGACCGGACAGCACAUCGAGGGACGGCUGCGGGAGCUCGGCCACCCCAGCAUCCCUGCCCCGACCUCUGAGUGCCUAGCUGACCUCUUCCAGGGGCUGGAGAUCUACAACCGUGUGGUGCAGGGGCUGGCWGAGGAGCUGGGCCCCGAGGUGAAGGUCCCCAGCAUCUUCACAGUGGGUGAUGUGCUGCGGCUGCUGGCAGCCAAGCGCGGCCAGGCUGUAGCCCAGAGGCUUCACAACCUCCUGUGGCCCCGGGAGGGGGACAUCAGGGAUGGACAUGUCUGCUGGGAGGACGUGGUGGUGCCGUGGACACCAGAGCACAGUGCUAUGGGGAUGGGCAUGGAGACAGACACUGAACCUUCUGGAGCAGAGGUGCCACCAGGGCUGGCGGCUGAGCUGCAAGCACUGUGCCAGGAGGAUGAGGAGCUGAUGGGACACGUUUUUGGGGCACUGGUGGCCUCAGCUGACAGCCUGUGGCAGCCAGUGCUGUCCGAAAGUCCCGAACCCCUGGGGCUGACCCCAGGACUGCGGCCGGGCAGUGCAGGUGGCUGGAAGGCCGUGCGGUGGCUGGACGCUGCCCGCGGCCCCGCAGCCACCGUGCUGAGUGCCCGGUACCGCUUGCUGCUCUGGGAGGCUGCUGGCUCUGCGCUGGAGGACAGCCUGGGCACCCCUCCUGCCACCCCCAGUGCCACYGUCACCGCGGCACAGGAGCUGAGCCGUGCACUCGCUGUGGCCCGUGUGCCCCCCCAGUGCCAGGAGGAGCUGGGGAGGCUCUGCCUGCGCCUGCUGUGCCGGAGCGUCCUCUGCAGCUUGGACACAGAUUUUACCCGUGCUCUGGGCUCGGGGCUGUCAGACAAGUGCUUGGAGGUCCCAGGAGGCCCCCCAGGGCCGGCAUGCAGCCGCACAGCCCAGCAGCUCCGGCRCCUCUUCCCAGCCCUGGCACUCGCCCUGCGCUGCCUGCGCCUGCUGCCCGCCCGCCCCCAUGCCCCUCCCGGGGGUCUCUGCCUGCGGCUGCAGGUGCUGGGCCGGUGCCUGGCGGUGGUGGAGGCCGCCCACGCGUGGCUGACGGGCCGGGCYGGACGGUACCUGGCGGCCUGGGCAUUGCCUCAGUUCCUGCUGCUCACCCAGGGAGACCUGCAGGUGCUGAAGGCAGAGGCGGAGCAGCUGAUGCUGCAGGUGAGCGGGACCUUCCCAGAGCCAGGGGACGCCCAUGGGGACACCCCCCAUGAGGCACUCCCGAUCCCGGGGACCCCAUGGGARCUCCAGCUGUGCCGGCAGAUCCACGACGUGACCAACAGCAUCCAGCUCUUCUCCGGGGAUGUGCUCCGGAUGUUCUCCACCAGCUGCAAGCGGCUCUCGGCCGAGAUCUUUGACCAGACAAUGCCACUGGGCCGGCACUGGCGGCUUGGGCCACGUGCCGAGCUGCCCAGCUCCCCCAGCGCGUACGCGGCCGCCGCGGUGCAGGCGGUGCUGGGGCAGGUGCUGCAGGGGGCCCAGGCUCUGCCCCACGAUGCCCAGGCACCCACCUUGGCACGGGUCACCACGGCCUUCCUGGAGGCAUGGAUGGAUCAUAUCCUGACCCGMCGGAUCAAAUUCAGGCUCGGACGAAGGCGCCCACCCCCUGGAACCAUCCAUGGAUCCUCUCCCUGGGCUGGACCCUCUGGAGGGGCCRGGCACAAUCCCAGGGACACCCCCGCUGACUCCGGAGGCCGAUCUCCCGUUCCGUCCCGAAUCCCCGUUCCCGGGCAGCCAGCAGCAGUGGCUGUCCCUGCGGCUGCACCGCGCCCGCCGCUGGCGUGUGCCGGGGCUCCCGUGCGUCGGGAACAGCCCCGAGGGCUGACCCAGAAUAAACCUGGCAACAYCAUGGCCGUGGCUGUGUCUGUGGGUGCGGGUCUGGCUUCACUGSGGUGUGAUCCUGGGAUUUCAGCUGGGACCAGUUGCUGGUGGGUAGGAUCUAACUGGAAUUCUUGGCAGGACAGCUGGGGUGUCCUGGGUGGUCCUAAGGAAGGCUGGGAGUCCACGGAUGUGCUUUGGUUAUCCCCGAGAGGUUGAGGGGAGAUCAACGGGCACAAUAAAGCGGACGUGAGGCGCGUGGACUGGGUGGCAGGGGGCUUGGGGACAUUSUGCGGUGUCGCUGUCCCCUCGGGGCCGGUUUGGGUUGAGCGGGGUCCCUGGAGGACCGAA